ACCAGCAGCUCCAACAGCAGCCGGUACAGAUCUGUGUGUGGCAUCACCAGCACCUCCAGCACCAACACCAGCAGCUCCAACAGCAUCACCAACACCAACACCGACACCAGCAGCUCCAACAGCAGCCGGUACAGAUCUGUGUGUGGCAGCACCAGCAGCUCCAACAGCAUCACCAACACCAACACCAACAGCAUCGGCAGCUCCAACAGCAUCACCAACACCAACACCGACACCAGCAGCUUCAACAGCAGCUGGUACAGAUCUGUGUGUGGCAUCACCAGCAGCUCCAACAGCAUCAUCAACACCAAUACCAACACCGACACCAGCAGCUCCAACA